UCAAAUGUAAGAAAGUUAAUUGUAAAGUAGUUGAAAUGUUUACCAUUAGGAACAGACUGACCAUCAGCCAGUUUUACAUUUCGUACUCAAGUUCUGGUCCCUCCUCCAGAUCGCUCUUGAUUACGCCUCCCGACUACAUAUGCCACUUGCCCAUCAACAGCAUCAUUCAAACGUAUCCAAUCAGAUCAUCUGAACGUAGAGAGUGAGAGAGAGAGAAGAGAGAGAGAGAGAGAGAGUGCAACUUCCAUCAACACCACAAUCUCCACAACGUGAACGACACCAACACCAACAACAUCAACACCAUUUUCCAUUAAAAUAAUAACAACAAAAUCAAAAGUUUUUCGCAUAAGUUUUCAAUAAGUUUUUGUUUCGUUUUUGUUUUUGUUUUUGUUUAUCUUUUUUUUUGGUUCUUCUCUCAAAUUCUGUCCUCUCUCAAAUCGGAAUAUGUUUCAACCUUAUUAUUAUCCGAUUUUUAUUCCUCGAUUAAGUUCGAGUUCAAGUUUAAACGAAACAGCGUUAGACUUAUCGUUCAAUGGAUCUAAACAUACCAUCAACCUUUGUGACAUUAAAUCGUUAACAUCAACAGUUAAUUCAUCAAAAUCAACGACAACAACGACAAUAAUUAAACCUUCACCAGCAUCUCCAUCAUCACCACCAUCACCUCCAACAACAGUUAUCACAACGGGAACAACAACCAAUAAACCCUCAUCAAUAUCAUCGUCAAUUUCAUCAUCUCAUUCAUCAACACCAUCUCCAUCAUCUAAAAAUGUCAUUACAACAAUUAAGAAACCCCGUGAACGUACAAUGUUACCUUGUGAAUAUUGUGGUAAAGCUUUUGAUAGGCCAUCAUUGUUACGUCGGCAUCUUCGUACUCAUACAGGUGAAAAACCUCAUGUUUGUGAUGUUUGUGAUAAAGGAUUUAGUACAUCGUCUUCCCUGAAUACCCACCGACGUAUUCACUCAGGUGAAAAACCUCAUCAAUGUAAUGUUUGUGGUAAACGAUUCACUGCCAGUUCCAACCUUUAUUACCAUCGAAUGACCCAUAAUAAGGAAAAACCUCAUAAAUGUAGCCUGUGUUCAAAAUCAUUCCCAACCCCAGGCGAUCUCAAGAGUCACAUGUAUGUCCACAACGGUUCUUGGCCUUUUAAGUGUAACAUUUGCGGUCGUGGUUUUAGUAAACAAACCAACAUGAGGAAUCACAUGUAUCUUCAUUCAGGUGAUCGUCCUCAUGAAUGUAAAAUUUGUCGUAAAAAGUUUGCCCUCCCAUGUAACCUGAGGGCUCACCUUAAAACCCAUGAGGAAUCAACUGCAACUGAAAAAUGUUCCAAGUGUAAUCGUGAAUUUAAACUCAACUCGGGUUCUCUGGUAUUAGGAUUUUGUCAAGAUUGUUAUCGAAGUACCAAUGGAAUACCUUUACUAAGUCAUAAGCUAAGUAAACAUAAAUAAAGAGUCAAACAUGAUUGAGUUUCAAUCCAAAUAAUUCAGAUAAUAAUUGAUCAGAAUCUUCAUGAUAACAAUUUUAAAGUAAUAAUAAUCAUCUUCAUCGUCACAAUCAUCGGUAUCACCAUUACCAUAGUCAUCAACCAUCAAUCUAAUUUAAUUCAUGGACUUUAUUUUUGUCGCUUUUUGUUAAUAUAAAAAACAAAACCCACUCUCAUGGACCAAUGUGGUGACCUAACCCAAGAAUAAACCUCAACCAUUGAUAAGAUGUGAGAUCCUUAUCAAGAUAAUAUAAAGAUGAACAAUAAAUAAAAACAAACACCAAAGACCUUUGACCUUCCAUCUGAUGGACUCUCAGCACGUAGAAAAAAAAAGUUUGGACAAAGUUUCGACAAGUGUAUGUGACCAUUAAGGAUAAUCGAAGCAAAAAUAAUCUCCAGUGAACUUGGAAGAUAUGAAAACGAUAAUCUUCAAAGAAGAAGAAGGAAAAAAAAUGAACAAAACAAAUACGAAGUUUGGACAUGAUAAUGAAAUCGUAACAGUUUCAUUUCCGUUUCUCUUGAACAAGCGAAAUGAACUUUCAACACUCUAACCAUCACCCACCACCUACUCAAUCACUCAUAACACACACACACACAAACACUCACACAUACACAUAAACACACUCAUGAAUUAAUGGUACCUCUUAUUUUUAUUUCGUCACCUUGAACAAUUUUCUUGUCCCAUAAAAGCACCAACAGCGAAAAACGAGCGCAAACUUUUGAAAAUUUCUAGUAGAUUUUUUUUUCUAUUCUCUAUUUGUAUUUUAUCCUAAAUACUAUUUUUUUCUGUAUUCAAAUUAUGUUCUAAAUACUCUUGCAAAAAUGGUUAAUCCACAAUUUAAAUUGUAAACUCAAAGUUUUGAAAUUAACGAAACAAAACGCAAAGAAAAAAAGAAAAAGAUAAAACAAUUGACCAGUGAAAACGAAAAA